AUGGAGACCCUCGACAAAGCGUGGCAUACCGCAGCAGACACUCUGAAGAGCGAGAUCAACUCGUACCAGUCCCCGAAGCAAUGGACGGAGUACGGCAAAGAGGAACCUCUCUCCGGAAUCCAGGGCAAAGGCACCCCGACGGAUCCGUACGACGCCGGAAACCGCGAUGGUGAGUGCAAUUGA